AUGAAGCUGGGGAUCUUCAUGAUAAAAUAUCUGAGGUGGAAUGCAUUGCGUCGUGGCACUCGCUUGGUCAUACGUUCUUUGCGGCACGAGUCGGCAAUCGUCGAGGAGAAUCCUAUCGCUUGUUUUAUAGUGGACCAGUCGGGUACAUCAGGUCGGAUUGGCAUCUCAGCCGAUGCGAGUUGUCAGGAAUUAACUCAUAUUGGUGCGGCUACCACUACUCUUCACUAUAAACAAGAUCACAAAAUUCACUCUCAAUGCGACUUCCCGGACUACAUGCACGCCACGCAGGGACCACAUCGACAAGCGUGGGAGUCGAUCGUCACAGGGCGACGGAAUGUUAUUCAGGAUGUAUGGACGUGUUUGGAAAGUCGACGUCAUGAGCAUUUCGUAGCCGUACGGGCACAUGUCCGGCGAGGAUGUCAGACGGGCUAUCAAUGUGUACAGAUCAGCCUCAACGAAUAUGAGGACUGCUCGGAAAUGACGGUGGAAACACGUGACACACUAGUGCUACAAGGAGCGCAGGUGAAGUUUAACCCAUACUCAGUACCCAAAGCAAAAUCAAGGGAAACUUUCGUCGAUUAG